UUCCUUAUCAAGCAUUUCACUUUGCAAGCAGAGCAUACGGCCGUCGACUCUGCCGGAGAUGGAGUUUGGGGCGUCUCCAUGGGUGACAUACUCUACAAUCUUCGCGCUCUUCUUGGCCAUCAUCAUCAGAGCUAUGACUAACCAUCGGGGCCGGCGACCGAACCUACCUCCUGGACCCCGGCCGUGGCCCAUCAUUGGGAACCUGAACCUCAUCGGAGCACUCCCGCACCGCUCCAUUCACGAACUCUCCAAGAAGUACGGCCCGCUCAUGAAGCUUCAAUUUGGUUCCUUCCCGGUAGUGGUGGGAUCCUCUGUCUCCAUGGCUCGCCUCUUUCUAAAGACCCACGACCUGGCCUUCGCUGGCCGCCCUAAGACCGCCGCCGGCAACUACACCGCCUACAACUACUCCGACAUCACGUGGUCUCAGUAUGGACCCUACUGGCGCCAGGCUCGAAAGAUGUGUAUCACCGAGCUCUUCAGUCCUCGAAGCCUCGACACCUACGAGCACAUUCGAUCCGCCGAGCUACGUCGGCUUCUUCGCAGCCUCUUCGACGCCGCCGGCAAGCCCCUCCUCCUUAAGGACCAUCUCACUACUCUCAGCCUCAACGUCAUCAGUCGCAUGGUCUUCGGCCGCCGCUACCUGGACCCCACAGCAGAGGACCAGGCGGCGCCGCCACCACACGUGUCCCCGGAGGAAUUCAAGAGGAUGCUGGACGAGCUGUUCCUCCUCAACGGUGUUCUAAACAUCGGAGAUUCCAUCCCAUGGCUAAACUUUCUUGACCUGCAGGGCUACAUUCGUCGGAUGAAGGCCGUCGGCAAAAAGCUCGACCGAUUCAUGGAGCACGUUCUGGAUGAACACAUCGCCCGGCGAGUGAAAGAGGGGGAGAAUUUUUCGCCCAGAGAUUUGGUCGAUGUCCUAAUUCAAUUCGCAGAGAAUCCCACCCUCGACGUGAAGCUCAACAGGAGCAGCCUCAAGGCUUUCUCUCAGGACCUAAUUGCUGGCGGCACAGAGAGCUCUGCCGUGACUGUGGAGUGGGCAAUCUCGGAGCUCCUGAGGAAGCCACACAUCAUGAAGAAGGCGGCGGAGGAGCUUGACCGCGUCAUCGGCAGGGAGCGAUGGGUGGAAGAGAAGGAAGUGCAGGACCUCCCUUACAUCGAAGCCAUCAUGAAGGAGACGAUGCGGUUGCACCCUGUAGCGCCAAUGCUAGUCCCUCGCCAAGCCCGCGAGGACGUCGUCAUCGACGGCUACGACAUUCCCGCCGGCUCACGCAUACUCGUGAACACGUUCACCAUAUCUCGGGACCCUUCCAUUUGGGAAGAACCCGACGAAUUUCUGCCGGAGAGGUUCCUCGGCAGGGAAAUGGAUGUGAAGGGUCAUGACUUCGAGCUGCUACCAUUCGGAUCUGGGAGGAGGAUGUGCCCAGGCUACACACUCGGUCUCAGGGUCAUUCAAUCCAGCCUGGCCAACAUCCUUCAUGGCUUCAGCUGGCGCUUGCCCGAUGGGGUCAAGGCGGAGGAACUCAGCAUGGACGAGAUCUUCGGCCUUUCUAAUCCGAAGAGGGAGCCUCUUGUGGCUGUCGCCGAGCCCAGGCUACCCCUGCAAAUGUACUUGUCUUCUUGACUAUCGACGAGAAGGGCAAGGGUAAACAAUAAAAAUAAUUAAAUUAUAUAUAUAUAUAUAUAUAUAUAAGUGCUAGAGUGCCCAGUACUGGAUUUGGAAGAAAUCAAUGAAGAAAAAUUCAAUAAUUAGUAUGCCUUCGUGCUAGCUGCUUUCUUGUCGUAAUUAGUGGUUGCAAUGAUAUAAAAAUUCAAAGUAAGAGCUUAUUGAUAUAUAGCUACAUUUUCUUGUAUUGGCUCAAGUAAAUUUAAGCUAUGAUUUUGUAUUUUGGAAUUUGGAUUGUUAGGGGUUGUGUUUCUAUAGAAAUGUUAUUUUGAAUUCUCUGCAUCUUUCAUCUUAAGGCAUAUGAUUUUGUGGUAA